AUGCUCGCCAUCGCAUUCGACGCCGUCGUCUUCAUCGGCGAGCCACUCGGCAUCCAGAGGUUGUCCGAUAAGUUUGCCGACUUCGUCGCCAACAACGAGUUGGCCGUGCUGCAUCUGCGGGAGGCUAGCUGCGACUACUGCCGGUGGCCGGUGGACAUGCUCUUCGACGGGCGUGCCAAGAUGUACCUCCACACCGGCUGGGAGAAGUUUGCGCGCUACCAUGACCUCGAAGCCGGCUGCGUGCUCGCGUUCUCCUACCUUGGCGACGCGGAUAUGAGCGUCAAGGUGUUCGACGACACGCGCUGCCGCCAUCACUACCACAGCGACACCGAUGAGGACAACGAUUGA